CUCUGUUGUCAAGUUUUACUUAACCUCAUUUUGUAGUCUAAUGCUACAAAUAUUUUUAUUUUGCAAUGUUUGUUCUUACUAGAAAAUGCUGUUUUAAACAGAAUUCAAAAUUUCCACAGAAUUUUCAGGCAUGGAGACAUUAUGCUAAUUCUGCAGAAGAAUUGGAGAAACACAGGCAAAAAGUAAUGUCAAAAGGGUUACCCAAAGUUAAACCGAUUACUGGUGUGAAGCACAUUUUUUUAAUCGCAUCGGGUAAAGGGGGUGUUGGUAAAAGUACAACAGCAGUCAAUAUUGCAACUGCCCUGAAAGUCUUGCAACCUAAUAAAAAUGUAGGACUUUUGGAUGCGGACGUGUUUGGACCUACUAUUCCAUUGAUGAUGAAUUUAAACGAAUCGCCAAUUCUGAAUCAGGACAAUUUGAUGGAACCCCUUAUAAAUUAUGGUGUUAAGUGUAUGUCGAUGGGAUUUUUAAUAACCGAAUCAUCUGCUGUUAUUUGGAGAGGUUUAAUGGUAAUGCAAGCACUAGAUAAAUUAUUAAGGCAGGUGCAUUGGGGCUCUGUUGAUUAUUUGAUUAUUGAUACACCUCCAGGGACUGGUGAUACACAUUUGUCUCUUGUUCAAAACAUUCCAAUUUCAGGUGUGGUUCUAGUGACAACUCCACAAAUCGCAGCAUUAAAUGUAACGAGACGUGGUGCUGUGAUGUUUCAAAAGCUUAAAGUGCCAAUAGUUGGUAUUAUAGAAAACAUGAGUUACAUUAAAUGUCCCGCUUGUUCUAACAAGGUUCAUAUUUUUGGCAGUGCUACUCAGUCAAUUGCGGAGGAAUUUGGUAUUAGCAUUAUGGCACAUAUACCUUUAAAGCAAAAGAUAACUGACAGUAUGGAUAAGGGAGUUCCCAUAGUUAUUUCAGAUCCACUUAGUACAGAAGCCGAGGCGUACAAAAAUGUUGGCAAUAGUUUAAUUAAGUUUGUAAAUAUAACUGCGAAUGAAUUAUAAUACUAAACAUGUACCUAUGUCUCUGUUA